AUGCUGCCUUCGUGGACCGUCAUCAGCCUGCUGCUGGCCAGCGUUCAAGGGCUGGAGAUCUGCUAUGGGAAACUUGGCUGUUUUUCCAACGAAAAGCCUUGGGCAGGGACAGUUCAGAGGCCUUUGAAGAUACUACCCUGGUCCCCCGAGGACAUCCGUACCCGCUUUCUUCUGUACACAAAUGAAAAUCCAAAAAGCUACCAAGUGAUUAAUGCCACUGACCCAGCCACCAUCAAGGCUUCCAACUUCCAAGUGGGUCACAAGACACGAUUCAUUAUCCAUGGUUUCAUAGACAAAGGGGACCAGAACUGGCUGCGGGACAUGUGCCAGAAAAUGUUUCAAGUGGAGAAGGUGAAUUGCAUUUGCGUGGACUGGAGGCACGGGUCCCGGACCACAUACACCCAAGCCGCCUACAACACUCGUGUGGUUGGGGCGGAGAUCGCUUUCUUCCUUCAAGUACUGUGGACAGAGCUGGGAUACAAUCCCGAGGACGUGCACCUCAUUGGCCACAGCCUGGGAGCGCACGUGGCCGGGGAGGCGGGCCGGAGGCUGGAGGGUCACCUGGGCAGAAUCACAGGCCUGGACCCGGCAGAGCCUUACUUCCAGGGCGUGCCCGAAGAGGUGCGGCUGGACCCAUCCGACGCCAUGUUUGUGGACGUGAUUCACACCGAUAUUGCUCCCAUAUUCCCUUACCUAGGUUUUGGAAUGAGCCAAAAGGUGGGCCAUCUGGAUUUCUUUCCAAAUGGGGGAGAGACAAUGCCAGGAUGUCAGAAAAAUGCCCUUUCGACCAUCGUUGACAUCGAUGGACUGUGGGAAGGAAUGAGCAACUUUGCGGCUUGCAACCACCUCCGGAGCUACAAGUAUUACGCCAGCAGUAUCCUCAACCCUGAUGGCUUUCUGGGCUAUCCCUGUGCCUCCUACCAGGAGUUUCAGGAGAAUGGCUGUUUCCCUUGCCCAUCUGAAGGAUGCCCCAAGAUGGGGCACUAUGCUGACCAAUUUAAGGGGAAAAACAAUGCCGUGGAACAGACCUUUUUUCUGAACACAGGAGACAGUGGUAACUUUACUCGUUGGAGGUACAAAGUGUCCGUCACGCUGUCUGGAAAGAAGGAACUGAGUGGCCACAUCUGGAUUGCUCUGUACGGAAGUAAUGGGAACUCAAAACAAUAUGAGAUUUUCAAGGGAACUCUCAAGCCAGAAGCAAGGCACGUGCGUGGCAUUGAUGUGGACCUCAACGUUGGAGAAAUCCAGAAGGUCAAGUUCCUGUGGAACAACAGAGCAGUGAAUCUCUUCCAUCCAAAGCUGGGGGCUUCCCAAAUCACAGUGCAAAGUGGGGGAAAUGGGAAAGAGUAUCGUUUCUGUAGCAGCGACACCAUGGCAGAAGACGUCUUGCAGUCCCUUUACCCUUGCUGAAUGUGUACGCAGGC